UAUAAAUAUACUUGUGGUUGUGUCUGGCUUGCUUCUUUCUUGUAGCCAUGUCUUCCAUAAUAAGUCCACAAAGUAUGGUCCUGGCGACGGCCAUGGCUGUCUCCGGCACCGUCGUCCUCCUCAUGCUUCGCCUCCAGAAGUCUCUUCCAGUCCCAGCUACACAAUUGCACGUUGACCCACUUUCCCAGUCCUUGCCGCCGACUACAAUUCUACGUUCUUGUAUCUCAACUGAGGGGAAGAUCAAGAGUAGUGAGAAGAAAAAGAAAAGGAGAGUGCACUUUGCAGAAGAUGUGGUGGAUCCGAGUGGGGAUGGGGAGCAGUAUAGGAGAAGACAGAUAUUUGACAAUUCUUCUUCUUGUUAUUCUUCAUCAACUUCACCAUCAACAAAGUUGGAAAAGAGCAGCAGAGGUGAAAGCAGAGGAAUAAUGGAUAUGCCCGCCAAUAGGGUGGCUCUCUACAAUGGAAUUCUCAGGAAUCGUGGGGUUCAGCGAUUGACCUACUCUUAUUGAUUUCUGAACUCUCUGUCUACAACCUUUUCAUGUUCAUUGUCUGCAACGUGGGCUUUGUUCCAGCUUUCUACAUCCAGUUCUCAGAAGCUGAUUAAUUGGGUAUAGCUAGGUUGGUUGGAUCCUCUUGAAAGUGAUGGUUUCUGUUGAUAAUCUCAAGAGAAAAUUACUUGGGUUUUGUUCAUAGUUGGUGUCUAAAGAACUGAUCUCUUUUGUUUUUUACUCUCUCUCCUCUGCCUUUUCUAAUUUGCUUGUUCUCUGUUUCGCACAUGUAUUCAAACAAAUCACAUGUAACCAUAGUCUUUUUUUUCUUUUCCCCUCUCUUCUCAAACUUCAUUAAUAUUUAAUUUGUAGGUAUUUUCAUUUCUUUUCUUCGUCUGACAUGUAAAUAUAUCGACUGCUUGUUUAAAGCAAAUAUUAAGUGCA